UAAUGUGCCCGUGUCCACCUGUUGCUUAGCAGCCAAAUACAGCCCCAAUACUGGUGGCUCCUCCGGCCGACUCACUGCCUCAAGAAAAACAUCAGGAUUACAAUUUUUUUUUAAAGAGCUGAGAGAACUAGAGCGGAUUCAAUUAACACUGGGAAUAAAUAUUUUCCAUUCCAUCAUAAGGAUAUUUGCAUGCAUACACAAAUGACAUAUUUGGGAAUUUCUGAAAAAAUUGUCUGUUUUUUUCUGCUGUCUACAACUUGAUAAUUGUAACUUAUUACGUUUUCAUUAGGUAGUAAACACACGUCUGACACACAUUCAUAGAUUUAUGCAUUUCCAUUUUUUAAAGACUUCCAUGUGCUCCUGCAUUGAUCAGCCCCUGCACGGACACCUUUACAGGGUCCUGGAUAGAGGUGUGAGAUAUUUUAGUGUGAUGGGGGUCGUUUGAGGAGGCUAAAGAUUUGGGUACACCCAGUUUGAAAUACCUGGUUUGGGAAUACCUGGUCUACCUACCAGUCUGCUCUUGUGAUGCCUCGCACCCACAUGUACGACAGGCCACCUCCACCCCUGACUGCUGGCUACUGUAGGACACAGGCUAAGGUGAAUCACAAGGUUAAAAAAGACACCCUUCCCACAGAUAUUUACUCUAACUGCACUCAGCCUGGCAGUGCCUAACAUGGCUGCAGUUAUACAGGUAAAAAAAUCACUCAAAUUAGAAAGGUUUUAAAGGUAACAGGAUACACCUGUACACAGUUAAAGAAGUGAUGCCUGUGUACAGGUAAAGAGAUAUACCUGUAAAGUGUACACAGGUAACGUAGUAUACCUGUAUACCGUAUUAAAACACUCCUACACAAGUUUAAUGGUCGAAACAACAUUUACUCCUGCACAGGUCUCUGCCAGGUAUUCCGAUAAGCUAUACACCUAUACCUGACAAGCACCCGGGGAGCUAGAUGCACUCUUUGAACUGCAGUAUCCGUCUUGUUUGGGAGAGUUUUAAUUCAGUGUGCCAGUGUCUCCUUAACUCACCACAGGCUAGUUUACACAAUAUUCAGCCUAUUAUCAUUAAAUGGGCAGUGUCAUUAGAAGACACAACCUCUAACCAAGCUACAGGUUUAAAGCCUGAGUCUAUUGUCCCAUUGAUUACCUUAUUUAAUUUGAGUUACCUGCAAUGAUAGUGCAAUCCCGAAUAUAAUGUUAAAUGUUGGCUGUAGAUAAGCUAAGUAAAUAAGAUAUGUAGCACCACUGCUGACUUGGGAACACAUGGAGCUUUAUCCAAGUGACACACAGCCCUGGAAACACAGAUUCUAUAAACUGACCAGAUACUCAACUCUGUUCUUAACAGUGAAAGUCCCGUAUCCAAACCGCUGAAGCCAAAAUGUUCUCAUUUUUAGCCCCUGAAAAUUAAUUUCGAGGCAAGAUGGCAAAAUGCAGCAGCAAGUGUAGCACUGGAAGUAGAAAGAAGCUCCUGUUACCAACCGGAACAUUUUGCAGUUAGGAAGCAGACAGGACCGAAGGGACGGCUCGCAUUCUGGUCAAGUUUAACUUGCAAUGAAAAAAACACCGACUGCACUGGAAGUUCUGUCCUGCAAAACCUGCACAAGAAAGUCCAGUUACCAGCUGGAGCAUCCUGUAGAUAAGAAGCAGAGGAUGGAAGGAACCUCUGCAGAAGAAAACAGAAUCUGUGGCCCAAAGCAAACACCAGCAGACUCUCCAGGACCAGGGCUAAGGACCACUGCUUUAAAAUGUCAUAUAUUAGUACACAUCCUGUACGCUGGCAACAGUGAUUCUUGUACCUGGCUGUAGGUUUUGGUUCGUAACAUACUUUGCUGAAAAUUCUCAGGGACUCUGCAGGACUGUUUUCCGUGUUUUUAGCAGUAAAUGCUGUACAUAUUUAAGCCAGGUUAGAUUUGGAGCAUGACUUUAAAUGUGAUCUUGUUUGUUAGUCCAUAACAGAUUAUCUUACCUCUGGAUUACUUCUCUCAAACAGAACAAAAAGUAAUGAAUUUGAAGAACACAUUCAGAUAAUACUUCUGAGAUAUACUGUAUGUAGCAUAUAUCAAAAUCUAACAUAUAUACAGUAUGUACCACACACCUACCGCAAUAAGGGAAUUAAAAGACUGUCAUCAAGUCAUUUAUAAAAGAUCACACAGCUACUCAAAGUAAUUAAACCCGUCUAAUUAAGACAGGAUUCUAAAAGUCUAAUUAAGGUUAAAUGUGUAUUGGUCAUUUGCAUGUUUGAAUACACAUAUACACACAAUGGAUAGGUUUACUGUGCCACUAAUUAGACCUAAUCUUGAGAACUGCCAUCCCAAUGGCAUAUUCCUCCAGAUAAAUAUAAUCAAGAUUAUUGCUAAAUCAAAGCCAGCAGAUCAAUCAAAGCCUUAAAAUGGCAUUGAAUGGAUCCUAAAAAGUUUAAGUUCAAUAUGUGUUGGGUCAGUACAGGCCCUGAGAUCUUUAAAAUGUAUCAUAGACAUAUUCCACAGCUACAGUAUGACCAUAUCCCCUCUCCUAAAAUAAAAUAUUUUCUAAAAAAUAUCUUUGUGCAUGUUGAAGAGUUUUUUUUUCUCUGUGGUAUAUAUAGCUAUAUAUAUAUUUGAACAAACAUUAAUUUUUUUGUGUUUAAAUAUUUAGAUCCUGAAAUUGAGAUUUCUGUUCGUUAUUGUUUUUGUUUUUUUAAUUUUCUACAAUGCUAUCAUCUUAUCCCGAACGAGUAAAUAAUGAAAUAAAUACUCAACAUUAAUUAUAAUAUUGUUGAAUUGUGUUCCCUGUGAAUAUAGUCCAUAACCGUGGUCUGUUACAUUUCUGUUUAAAAUAAACAUGUUUAUAGCAUGUUUAUAUUUGUAUAACAGUAUUUAACUGUUCUUGCCUUAAAUAUUUCACCAGAAAAGGACUUAAUAGAUUUUGAAUACUCGAAUACACAUCCACACUCACAACAAUAAACACUGUCCUUACUCCAGUAAAGGAAUCGACAUCAAAGAAGAGCGUUUGCCCAAGAACCACUGAUGUGUUAAGGCGUUCAUUUAAGCACAUGCUUUAUCAUAAUUAAAAUCUUGAAAGGUGUUUGGGAAGUUUGCCACGAGAAGACUCCCCAUGGUCAUCAGUAGCAAUGGGAGACGCUCGACUCCCCUAUGAUAAAAGACAGCGGCGUUCUGCGCACUUCAGGACUACGAACUUUCCUGUCGAGCGCAGCGUUAGCGUAGCCUACUUUGGAAACGGAGUUCCCAGGUAACGGAGUAGCGAUGUUAUUAUUCCCUUUGACUUUUUUUCUUCUAGUGAGCGCAGCGCAGACAGAAAUGCACGGAUGGAGCAUUCGAGGUCGCUAUCUCGGUAGUAAACUGGGCGACAUGCAAAGAAAAGUCGCCUCUUACCUGACGUCGGAGAUGGAUCCGGAGACCAGCGCGAGCGCGGCGCAUCUGAAGAGGGCCAUGGAGGAGCUGCUCAACCAGACUCGCCCUGCCGACGGCAAAACUGUCCGUAGCGUUAGACCGGAACAUUCUGUCAGAAAAUUCGGCGUAUCCAGAAACCAAGCCAAAGAAGCCCUCUUGAGCCAUCAAAGACCGACGCCUCCUGCCGAUAACUUGAAUCCCACCGAUGCCCCUUCUCUUAAAAAUGCCAAAAAGUUCUGGAACCACUUCAUGUUAAGGAGAAGAUCCGAUUUCCAGUCCAUCCUACCCAUUAGAAACAACGAGGUACACCAGGAAAAGUGCCGAAAAAUUCCCUUUCUGCAGAGAGUGGUUCACGAGGACUGCGAGACGCUCGUGCUGAAGAAUCACCUGUGCUUCGGGAGGUGCAGCUCCGUGCACGUGCCCAGCAGCGAGGAGGGCCGCUACACCUUCUGCUCCUACUGCUCGCCGGUCAAGUUCAGCCGCAAGACCGUGCAUCUGAAAUGCGCGGGCGACACGCGCGUGGCCAAAGCCGUGACGAUGGUGGAGGACUGUCAGUGCGAGGUGCAGAGAGGCAGGCACUCUCACCACCACAACGGACCCGUGCUCAUCGACCCGAGCCUGUUCGGAAACCAGGCCUAGUGGAAACUGCAUCUCGCGCGCAAAGGCGCAACGGAGCGCCUUUGUAAAAUCCUGUAUAUACCCGUUUUUAGUAUGUUUUUUUUACUAUUAUCGAUCCAUUAUGGUGUAUUUUUAGAUGUAAUUAUAUGUUGUGCUAUUGGUUUUGAUAAUGUGUUUUUAAUUUGAUGUUUGGGUUUUGUCCCAUGCAAGAUUGUUUUUGUAUAAAAUUGUAUAAAAACCAAUGUUUCCAAACAACCUCUCAAAUGUUAAUUUUCUCCUCGAAUGUAAAGUAAGACUUUUGUAAUAAAAACUGUUC